GUAACUUAUCUUGACAACAUCAACGUCACCAUUAUUAGGCGCGCGCGUUGGCAUCCGUCAGCAUCACGUUGGCAUGGCUGAGUCACAUGAGCUGUCAGUCAGUCACUUGCCACAGUCAGCCUCACUCAUCAUGUCCCGCACCGGGACCUGAGUAUUCCGCGUCUCGCGCCUCAGCCGACCUGGCUGUCAAGUCCUAUUGCAUCUCACUUCAAGCACCACGAGAUGUAACAGGAACGGGUGGAUGCAACCUCCUCCGCAUGUCAGCCUCAGUCACACUGUCAUUCUUAUCAACGGUGUGAACGUGGACGCCUUCGUCUCAACGUCCACCACACGACA